CUUCUUCAUGUGUGCCACUUUAUGGGACUGUUCAGUAUACAUGGAAGGCCAAUGGAAGCUACUAACACCAUCCUCAUUAUAAAAUCCUAAUAAGAUCUGCUAAGAUGAUAGAGCCUUCUAAGGUUAUUCAUGUCCGAAACGUUGGCCAUGAAAUAUCUGAGAGUGAUCUGCUUCAGCUGGUGCAUCCUUUUGGAGUUGUCACUAAGCUUGUGAUGUUACGUGCCAAAGAUCAGCCUCUUCUCCAGAUGCAAGACAUGGCUUCUGCCAUCAAUGCAACCGGUUUUAGGUACUUAGUCCCUAAUGGACCUAAAUGUACUGGGUUUUUGUAUAGGUGUUUCAUUUGUAUGUUGCUUGAGCCAUUCUAGGUAACCAGUCCUAAAUGGACCAUAAAAAAAUAGAUGGAAGAUCUUUCAAUCCAAAUUUCAGG